AUGAGGGAUGUAUCUCUGUCUUCCCGAAUACAAAACAACCAGGUUCGGGAUCAGCAAACCAUGAUGGUCACGAAAGUAGAAAGACUGGAGCCUCUUUCCCUGCGAAAGAGAUGGAUGAAUGAUCUUGCUCAGGCCGUCGCUUUCCUUGAAUCGCUCAACCUCGCCCACGGUGACUUGCGACCUGAAAAUAUCUUGCUCGACCAGGACCAACUGAAACUGUCCGAUUUUGAUUGUACAGCGGAGAUUGGGACAGAGUUCGAAGCUUGCAUGGCUCCAUAUGGAAGGCUGCUCAAUAGCAGCGAAGCAGACCAAGGACAACGUGGAACGUCUGGUGUUCUAGGCCCUCGGACAGAGCAGUUUGCGUUAGGGUCCUUGUAUUAUCUCAUAAACUAUGGCUUCGAGGUAUAUGGGAAUCGAUGUCUUACAGACGAUCCGAGGGAGCAUGGACCCAAGGUCGUGGACUUACUGCAGAACAUGGAAUUUCCGAGGUUAGAGGGUGAUCCGCUGAUUGACGAUAUUAUCGACAGAUGUUGGCAUAAUAAGUAUGCCACGGUUGCGCAAUUGGCUGCAGAGACAGGGAGGCUCCUUACAGAAGGAAUAAACGAGAGAGAGCCUGAUGACCAAAUGGUCUCGGCGACCGUCUGGUACGUGGCUAUUGGUAACAUAGCUCGUGGGCUACGGGACACCCUUGGGAACUGGUGGGCAUCAUUGCGACAGAAUACCAGCGACGACGAAAUAAGCAGCCGACCGCGGCCCAGCAGCGACAGAUGUGAUGACAGUCGUCAUGUUGAUCAAGGACAAUUUGCAGGAGAUUUCUCUUCGAUGAAAGCAGUCUGUCAGGAUUUGGAGAAGCGUGGUCUACUUCGCCUUCUUUCUUCAGCUGAACCUGAGCAGCUCGGAUUCACUUUCGGGUGGUAUAGACACAGCUGCUGA